UAGAUGCCCCCAGAUACCCGGCUAGGAUUGUCCCAAGGGACGAGCCCCUCCGUGCUUAGCCCCACGGUAUCAUGUACACCUCCAACGAGCAUUGCUGCUUAGAAGGACAAAGGGCACAUUGGGCUCCUUUACUCCAGCCUCUGGGAAAUCCCACUUGAAAGCCAGAAUGGUCCCCUACUAGGGAGCCCCCAGGCAGGUCACCUGAGCCUGGGUGCCCUGGGGAAAACACUGUUAUGGAGCACAUGACUCAGGGCCUCAUAGACUUCACUGGGAGUAAAAUCAGGCCACCUAUGAGCUAACAGGAAAAUAAAUGACAGAGGGAUUUUAACUGGCUAACUAAGAAGCAGGCACGUGUCAGCCUUGAGAGCAGAUGCAGGGAUCCUAGCUCAGUUACCCUAGACACACUAGAAUCCAUUUCCCAGGGGCAGGUAGCCUGGCUCCCGAAUCAGGCUUUGGCCGUCCUGCACUAGUGCAAUGCUAUAGAGUGUGGGUUGCAAACAUGCAGAGGAAUAUUGAAAUCCAAACCGAAGACUGUUUUCAUUAAUGCUUUAACCACGCUUGGUCUCACUUUCCCCCCGGGGAAAAUCAGGGAUGGCUCCUGCUUUUGCAAAGCGCUCUGAGGUCCCAGGGUAAAACACGCUAGGUAACCACGUUAUUGCUCUGCCACACGCUGCUGCAUGCCAGCGGGUGUACUCAGCUAUUGCUGGUACUAAACGAGACACUCGCCAGCUUUCUCAGAGUGGUGUGUGGCUAGUAGCUGAUCUGAGAGCGUAAAGGAGAAGCAAUUACAUGGUACUUUUUUUCCUUCCAAAGAAAGCACAGAGGUUUCCAGUUAGCGCCUCCUUCAUUCCUGCCUGCCUUGAUACAAGGCCUCCAGUGUGGGCUGAGGUAUCUUGGUGUCUCUCUGUCGUCUGCAUCAGUUGAUGUGACUCUUUUCUAUUCCUUUCUAGCCGUGACUCAGGGUCUCUUCAUCCAAUGCCUGGCACGUGUAAACUCCAGCACUGCCCCCUGCCGAGGGUGUCAUCGGAAUUCCCUGGGCAAAAUCACAGCAAAGACCAGACAGAUGGAAAAGGAAGCCAAGGAGCUGUUCAGAUCCUAUUUGACUCACCAGGGCUUGCUUCCACCCGACCUUCGCCAACUCUGCAAUGAGGCUGUACAGUGGUUUCCCACGGAGAAUAUAAGAGACCAGCCAAAGAGUGUCAUGCUGCAGGAGCUAUACUGGACUCUGGAGCACAUGAAGGACGCCCUCGAGAACAUCGGGAAGCAGCAGCAGGUGCUGAGCACCCCAGGUGCUGCAUUACUUGGCAAACUCCAAAGCACCCGGUGGUCGGUGAGAGGGCUCCUCUCCAACACCGGCUGCGCCCUCUGUCUCAAGGGAGUCUCGCCCAACUCCAGAGGCAUCCCAGAGAGACCUGUAGCCACUAACGCUUUCCAGCAAAAGAUUGACGGAUGCAAAGUGCUCUGGAACUACAGCAAGUUCCUGGAGAAACUGGUCAGGGGCUCAGGGGAGAAUGCGCCGCAGGGACUCAGAAAUCAAAGGAAAAGACGGAAAGGCACAAAAAGAAAGGAGGCUUCCUCACACUCCUGAAUGAGCCACCAAGCGGGAGCCAGGGAACCCUAGAUGGCUGCUGCUCAGAUCUGGUGGUGAGGACGGAGCCAGGAAGGCUUCCGAAAAAUACUUGAACGAAAUACACAACCCCUGUUUAACCCCGAGAAGCGGCUGCACAGGAGCCUGGUGCAGGUACACCAGAGCCAUGUCGUGUCCUGGUCCCACAUUCAAUGUGCUAGGACAGACAGUCCCUUGGGGCCAGGUUGGCAAAGUGCUUGGCACCCAGCAGCCACCUUUGCUCUCAGGGGUGUGGGGUAUUCUCUGUUGUUCUCAAGUGGUUGGAGGGGAUUCUCCUUCGCUUUCAGUGGGAGCUGCUGGGGGCCAUGCAUGUAUGGAAGGCCGGCCUGAGAGCUUCCAGGUACCUCUGCACAGCGUACAGAAGCCAAGGUGCCUUGUUUCUUAUCAAAAGCACCACUGGAUUCUGCAGGAAUGGUUCAUUACUGCACUGUUUGAGACCCUUUGCAGAAGAACAGGCUGGAUUCAAAUGCACAAAGACCCAGCAUCUAUCCCAGAGGUGGGCAAACUAUGGCCCAGGGGCCGCAUCCAGCCCUUCAGAUGUUUCAAUCUAGCCCUUAAGCUCCUGCUGAGGAGCGUGGCUCCCGGAAGCAGUGUCACAUCCCUGCUCUAGCUCCUAUGCAUAUGGGCAGCCAGGG